AUGAGCACGAUGAAAAUCCGGUCUUCGAUAACCGACAUGAAAGUUGAUAAUCAGAAUAAGCGCGAUUUUAGCGAAAUAUUGACAUGUUUGAAUAGUUCAUUACAGUCAACACAUAUUGAACACGAACAACAAUCAGUUGAAGAACCACCUUUAAAACCCGUUAAGGUUGAUUCAGCAAGUGAACGGUUAUCGAAAUCUCCAGUUAAAUUUACACAAGAAGAAUUACGCUUAAAACUUGAAGACGUCAUUCAUAAAAUGUUGGCAACUGAAGUGUCAUAUCCAUUCAGACAACCAGUUGAUCCUGUAGCACUAAAUAUUCUAGAUUAUCCUUUGAUUAUUACGCAUCCGAUGGAUAUUUCGACAAUUCAUAAGAAAUUAUUAUCAGCCGAAUAUGACAAUCCGUUUGAUUUUGUUGAUGACAUGUGGCUGAUGUUCAACAAUGCAUGGACCUAUAAUAAAAAAACGACAAAGAUUUAUAAAAUGUGUUUAGGAACUAUUGAUCCUAUUAUGCAAUCAAUGGGCUAUUGUUGUGGUCGGCAAUAUGCCUUCUUGCCACGCGUCAUAUUUUGUUAUGGUAAUAACUUUUGCUGUCAAAUAGCACCUAACAAUACCUAUUACUAUUACAAUAACUCUGGACGAUCAAGAAUAAAUAUGACCAACGACAGAUACAUGUUUUGCAAUGAAUGCUUUGAUGCAGUCAACGAUGAAACGAUCUGGGUUGGUGAUGAUCCAAAUCAAUCGUUGAUCGCAUUACGAAAAUGCGAUUUUAUACACGCUAAAAAUGAUGCACAAGAGCCUGAGUUCAUGAUCAGUUGUACUGUCUGCUCAAGAAGAUGGCAUCAAAUUUGCGCAUUGUAUCUCGAUCAAAUAAGGCCGGAAGGUUUUGUAUGUGAAACAUGCAUCAAAGAUCACAAUAUUGUUCAAAAAGAUAAUCAGUACGUUGCGCAUAAAUUGUCGAUAACUGAAUUAUCUAAUAAAUUAGAACAACGUGUCAAUGAUUUUCUACGCAUGAAAUGUGUUAGUACUGGACGAGUGACAAUUCGAAUGUUGAAUGCAUCCAAUAAAGUGUGUAAAGUGAAACCGAAAUUGAAGAAAUAUUAUCCAAAUCAAGUACCAGAUGAUUAUCCAUAUCAAGCAAAAGCAAUAUUUGCCUUUCAAGAAAUUGAUAGUGUCGAUGUUGUGUUUUUUGCUAUGCAUGUUCAAGAAUACGAUAGAAGAUGUCAAGCACCAAACACAAAGCGUAUUUAUAUUUCCUAUUUGGAUUCUGUUAAUUAUUUUCGCCCAAGACAAUAUCAAACGGACAUUUGUCAAGAAAUAUUGAUUGGCUAUUUGGAUUACGCAAGACAAAUGGACUACCUUUAUGUACAUAUAUGCGUGCGUCCACCGAAUGAAGACGAUAACUUCAUAUUCUAUUAUCAUCGACUUGGGGAACGUGUACCAAAACCAAAAAGUCUACGACAAUGGUACCAAAGAAUGUUAGAUCGAGCCAUCUCUGAACAUAUCGAUAUAAUGAAAGAUUGCAUGGAUAAUCAAACUGAAUCCGUAUUUGAUAUUCCGUAUUUUGACGGUGAUUUCUGGACGGACGCCAUUGAAGAAAGUAUUGAGAAACUUGAGCAAGAAGAAGAACGUCGCGGGAAGGGAAUGGGAGUCAAAAUGGUAAUGCAAAAACGACUUUUGGAUGAUCCAAUUGAACCAGAUGAUCUAACUAACACUGCAAAUGAAUGUAUAUCAGCGAAAACAAAUAAAAGAAAAAAUCUGGAGAAAACAGCUAGUGCACGAAAAAUAGCUAAAAUUGAAAUUUUAAACCGUUCUGAUCUAUUAUCAAAAAUAUUUAUUAAGAUGAAAAAACAUAAAGAGGUCUUUUUCGUGAUACAUUUACGGUGUGCAUUGGCAGUAUAUCCAACAACGAAAAAUAGUGAUGUACUAAUUCAUUGUAAGUUGAUGGAUACACGUGAUACGUUUCUAAAUUUUGCACGUGAGAAACAGUGGGAAUUUUCCUCUUUACGUCGAGCUAAGUUUUCCACAAUGGUCUUGUUACACGAACUACAUUCAUCAACGAGUGUUAAAUACACAUACAUAUGUGCACACUGUUCUCAACAAUGUGAUGAUCAAUACCGUAGUGAGAUGUACAAUUUUGAUCUAUGUGAAAAAUGUUAUUCUCAAGUAAAACAUGAACAUGAAAUGGCGCGGAUUGUGCACCCGUCAUUAAUCAAUGUCAAAAAUGAUGAAAACAACGUGAAUAAUUCAAGUCCGAAAUCACUGAUUUGUCCAACAGUGCAACGACAACAAUCGAUGCAGCACUAUAUAGAAACAUUGUUACAUGCUGCCAAUUGUCAGAAUUUCAGUUGUUCCUAUUGUGGUUGUUUACUUUUUAAAAGAGUUAUUCGACAUACAAAAGAGUGUAAUGAAAAAAAGCGUCAAUGUAAUAUAUGUAAACAAGCCCUAUUGCUAUUUUACUAUCAUGCUAAAAUAUGUGAGGAACAAAACUGCCAAGUACCAUUUUGUGAAAAAGUAAAAAUUAAAAUACGAAAACAACGUUUAGCUCAUGAUCAGAUACGGUGA